AUGACUCCAUUGCGGCAACCCCGCACGCGGCGGCGGCAGCAGGGACUGUAUCCCGCCACUCUGUCAGUCGUCUCACUCGUAGCAGCCACGUGGCUUUUCCUCUUCGCGACUCGAUCAGCUUCUAGCGAUGACCGACCGCCGUCGUUGGAUUGGGACUUCUCCCGCGCAUCGUCCGCCGAGUCCGCCCUCUGCGGCUCCUGGCCCGCCGACUACGCCGCGCGCCACAGCGCCAUCCGCCAGGCCAGCGCAGCCGCGCACGCGGAGCUCGUCAAGCGGAGCAGGAAGAGCGGAGUCCUCGGGUGGUUCGCCCCCUCGCCCCCCCCGCGCCCGUACGACCCCGCCGUUCGCUUCCUGACGUUCGAAUGGCUGGACGGGUGCGGCGGGUACGGCGACGCGCUCAACGGGCUGAUGCUCGCGUUCGUCACGGCCGUGCUUGACGGCCGCGCGCUUAUUAUCCGCCACGACUGCCUGCCGGCCGCGUUCCUGCCGGCCAUGAUCGACUGGCGGCUGACGGACGACGUGCCGCUGGAGCCAGCGAGAGUCGUCACCGCGCCCAGCUACAACUGGGACGGCGUCGUGAGCGCCGCGCGCCCCGAGCCGCCGGCGGAGGCGGGGGAGGUGGUGCGCGUGGACAUGCGGAACUCGCGCGUGGAGCUAGAGACGUAUUUUAAGGACCUGGAGAACGCUACCAACAUCCGGUUGUCGGCGAACCUGGGCGCGCUGACGCACCUGGCCACCAAGGCCACGGGCGCGUGGGCAGAGCGGUUCAAAGCGCUUGGCAUUCGCCUGCCGUACGCCGUAGGGUGCUUCCUCAGAUUCCUCCUGCG